AUGCCAGGAGUUCCUUCCAAUAAGGCUUGCGACCGGUGUAAAAAGAGACAUCUCAAAUGUGAUGAGACUCGGCCUCACUGUCAGCGAUGCAUCAGCACAGGUGUUGAAUGCCCUGGCUAUGUGCAAACUCGCAAAUUUAUUGAUCAAGGCGCCACCGUGAGACGCCGAUUUGCUCCAUAUCAAGAACCUCAGCCGAAGCCAGACACUACGAACAAGACUGGUAGAGACACAGAACCUGUGUCUUAUCCGGCGCAAAAUCAACCUCUAGAAAGUCAUGAAAAUCAGCCCAUGGAUCUUUCCAAUCAAGGGAAAAUAGAACCGCCUUUCCAGAUGGAAGAAGCCAGACCUGACCCACAGAGUAAUCUUCAACGACCUGACGGGAACAAUCCUUUAGGUCAGUCAGAUAUGGUCACACAUACCAAAUUUGCGAUUCCCGAGACUCCGGGGACUCGUCCUUUUCCAAGGUUGAAUCAUUUAUCAGCAUUUGAGGGUAGUCUUUUAUCAAAAGGCACCAUUAACAGCCCCAUUUCACCAAGUAUCACGCGUCUGUCAACAGGUCCUGAAAACAUACCUAGGCCAGGUUCUACUGGCCGACCCGAUUAUCACGGACUACUCUCUACUGAAAGUCCAUCCCAGCGAAGUGAGCAUGAAGAAUUUCAAGACAUUUUCUCAGAGCUCAUGACCGGGACCGAACAUGAAUAUGCAUUCCUCGGCCGUCAUUAUACAGAGAUUGUAGGGCCAUGGCUGGAUUUAUCUGAUUCUGGGAAAUACUUUUCCGUUCAUGUUCCAAUCAGAGCUAUCAAUUGCAAUUCACUCAAAUAUGCCAUAGCCUCUAUAGCGGCAAAACAGCUAGGUCGAGUGAAAGGAGCCAAAUCACACGCAAGUGGCGGAAUGUUCACAAGUCCUGCGACUACAGAGAUCUACCCUGGAGCAGACCAAGUCGAUUGGUUCCUCAAGGCUGCAAAUUACUACUACAUGGCCGUCUCAGACUUGAACAGCUCUAUGUCCGGCGGGUAUAAUAAUGUUUCUACAUCAACUGUUCUAGAUUCUUCAAUUGAAGUGGUCAAUCGGUGGCUGAGAGCUCACUCUACUCAAGGGUUGGGAUCCAACGAUAAUUCAUUUCUGCGUGAGAUUGAAGAUAUGUUAUCAACUGUUACUAUUUUGAGCUUGUACAGACUCCUUGAUUCAAAAGGAAAUCAAUGGCACACACAUAUUUCUGGAAUCCAUACCCUUUUCAACUCAUUAUUAAAAAUGAGUCAGACAGAAUCAGUGUUCUUCUCUCAUGGCAUCCGAGCGUCUUUCUGGAACUUUGUUCGGCAGGACUAUCUCGGCUCCUACUUUAAUCGAUCCAACACACAUCUCAACCCGGCUGAUAUAGAUUUAUGGCGGGCUGCAGGCAUCGAAAUUGACGGACAGGGAAAAGUGCACAUCAAUAAUACAGGAUUGAUCAAUUCUGCCUCUGGGGCAUUUAUCCAUUCCCCACCGGAAGAUCAGGCGUCCAACGGUCUGGCGUGGCUUGUCACCAAAGUCAUUAAUCUCCUAUCCCACUCCAAGCAAACCCAGAUUGCCCAAUGGACUGGAUCCACUCCAACCAAUCAGAAUGGGACCAACCAAGAAUCCGGCACAGCCCCCAUGGCAUCCAGCCCCUCAUCCGUCCCUGACCCCAACACCUGGCUAGGUCUAUCAUUUGAGUUUCAAACCUGGUUUGAGGCUGUUCCAGAGGUCUUCCGCCCGUGUGUGAGGCUGGAGCAUCCCAGGGAUCUCUCCAAACCAGCCGAAGGGAGCCAGCUGCCAUUUCCCGAGAUAUACUACACUUUGGCGACCUGUGCCGCCACCAUGCAACAUUAUCAUUUUGGACGAGUGGCACUGUUGUUAAACCGACCUUCAGAUGUAGUCGGUGCGCCUAGUACUGCAUUUGACCGGUUGCAGGGUUAUCGGGAAGUAACAAAGGAAGUCGAAUACCGCUGUCGGGAAAUAUGCGGCAUUGCUCUUGGAAGACCGCAGGGUGAAGUGCGGGCAAAUAUGAUUCCGCUUUUAGUUGCUGCGGGUCAGUGUUUGGAGGGAGCUGAGGAGCAUCAGAUUAUUGUUGAUCUCUUGAGGGGAGUUGAGGCUGAUUUGGGCUGGAAUACUGAACAUGCGAUUCAAACCCUCCAGACUUCGUGGACUGGGCGGGAAUUAUGA